UUCCAAAACACCACUGCUCGCCGCUCUCCUUUCGCUACCGUCCUCAUUAUCGUCCCGCCAGUCCGCCGUCGCCUUCCUCUCAAGCACCAUGUCUUACUGGCCCAUAUCUCCGCUGAACGGCCUCAAGGACGUUUGGACCGGCAAAAACACAUCCACCGGCGAGCCAGUCAUCAUCAAGUUCUUUGACCGCGAGAACGAAUAUGCAUACUCGGAGCACAACGAGGCUAUCAAGCGAGAGGUCGAUAUCCUCAAGGAGCUCUCGCUUGCCAUGCCUGACAGGGUCGUGCGCUUCAUCGAUUUCUAUGCCGAUGACGAGAACCGAUAUGUUCUUGUGAUGGAAAGAGGCGAGUGCACCCUGCUCGACGUCUUGAUGGAGAAAGAGUAUUUCCCUGAAGAUGAGGCCCGUGUGGUGAUCCGAGAAACGCUGUUGGCGGUUGCCGGGUUUCACCAACACAUGAAGGUGUACCGCGACAUCAAGCCGGCAAAUAUCCUGCUCAUGAACCGAUCCGAUCUGACCUCGAUCAAAUUCUGCGACUUUGGUACUUGCACGAGUGAAUUUGGAUACAGCAGCCAGAACCUGACGGUCGGAACGCUGUACUAUAUGGCGCCCGAAGUGCUGAAGCCCAAAGAGUUCUACGGAUGGGCUGCGGAUAUAUGGUCUCUUGGAGUGCUCACAUACCAGCUUCUGCUUGGAGAUAUUCCCUUUUUACCUCCCAAGUCAAAGGAGUCGGCGAUGCUGAGCAUCAUUCGCAAAUCUGUUUUGAGCUUCACCAACAAGCGAGGUGUUGUGCUCAGCCCCGAGGCCCAGGACUUUGUGCGCCUGUUGCUGAGCUUUGAACCUGAGAAGCGCCCCACUGCGGCCGCGGCGCUUAACCACCCUUGGCUCUCGCAAGGACUGCCCAAGCAAAGUGUCUUCCCCGUGGCCGGUGUACCCGGCUGGAUCUCUGUCCACCAAGAGGACGGGCUCGUCUUCUUUGUGAAUCAAAACACCAACGAGACCUUCUGGCAACUCCCCGCCGAAAUCGAGGCUCUCGCCCAGCAAGCGCUUGGAGUCGCAGCCCAAGAUCCGUCGUCCCUCGCCGUCCCUCCACCGCUGCCCCAGCGCCCUGGUCAUGCCGCAAGUUCACCACACUCCGACUCGCGCUCCCCACGAGUGCACUUUGCUGAAAUGGUGCGUGUGAUCGAAACCGAGGCUUUUGACGAGACCGAGGACGACGACGAUGAUGACGAAGCAGAUUAUGAUGAAGAUGAGCCAAACGACCAAACUGAACCGCAAAUGGAGUCCUCGGCAGAGAGCCAACCUUGCGAUGCGGCCGAGGAAGAUGAAGAAAUCGCCUCCUACGGCAAGUUCGGCCGGCCCUCCUCACCCACUCCUGUCCACCACGCCGGCGAUCACACGCAUUCGCAUGAUCAAGAGGCCUUGUUUGACGACUCGGCUGAUGGCCCCCCGCUUCCGCCCAAGGAAGCCAGUGCAAGCGAUGCUCAGCUCGACCCUCUAUCGCUACAGACACCAUCGAAAGCCGAAUCUGGUUCGGCUGAGCCUGCCCUUUCUGGCGCUGAGUCGCAGGCUCGCUCACCUCCCUAUCCCCACUCUGACCACGGUCAUCCUCAGACAGUUGCACCACCAGCUGUGGAUGUGCCCAUUGCGAACGGCUCCCAGGUCACUGCCGCGGAAGUCACUCGCGCAGUUCCCAACCAAAUUGUCGAGCAAGUUGCGGACCCUCAAGCUGAGGCAGCUGCAGGCAUGGUCUUGAAUGCCAAUCCUCAAGCGACCACCGCAGCGGUGGCUACUGGGGUCGCCCCAGGAUCCUUGGCUGCGGCUCCAGCCGAAGUGCCAGUGGCCCCUCUCAGGAUUUCGUCAGCGACUGCUCCUGUGGUGGUGGUUGAUGCUCCCUCUGUCACCAGUUCCUUGCCCUCGCCUGGUGCCUCUGUUCCAGCUCACGGUGCUGCAGUCACCGGUCCAAAUGCAGGCUCGUUCGCUGUCCCAGUGACCUCGAACGCUGACGCCGGCCAGGACCUACCCGCCUCCGACUCGACUCACCCGCCCCAAGAGCCGCCUCACCAGGCCGAAGCCGCCGAGUCGACUCCCUCCACGAUUCCGCCCCACGUCGAGAUGGCGUCUACCGACCUCCCCCGUGUCGAUAGCGGCCUCCGUUCAAGUGGAAAGCGCAAACCCGCGCCUCUCUUGGCCGAGAUCUCAUCGAAUACUCUGAGAAACGUCGCCGAAAGGAUCGUCCUUCUGACGCGCACCAAGAGCCAAGAGCCUCACGAUCGAAACCAUGCCCAUCACCCCGAUCGCCAUGGCUCGUAUUGAGCAUGGCCGUUGUCCCGCCGCGAUACUGAACACGCACGAUCGGCGGGGUUUGUUGAAAUGAAGGGGCGUGGGAUAUCUCGAGUGAAGGCCGAUCCCGUGUGCUGGAGGACCGGCCUGAGGAACUCUCUGUAUUUUUGUCAAUAGGAAAGAAACAAACGACCAGCCCCA